CAGCAGAAUUUACGCACCGGGGGAGCUGUAGUUGUCACGCUGUACAAGAUGGAUUUUCCUGAAGCUGCCAGUUCUUUUAGAACUCAUCAAAUUGAGGCUGCUCCAACCGGCUCUGCAGUUGAUGGAUUUAAGGCAAAUCUAGUCUUUAAGGAGAUUGAGAAGAAGCUUGAAGAGGAAGGAGAGCAGUUUGUGAAGAAAAUCGGUGAUAUUUUUGCCCUCAAGGUGAAGGAUGGCCCUGGAGGUAAAGAAGCCACCUGGGUGGUGGACGUGAAGAAUGGCAAAGGACCGGUGCUCCCUAACUCAGAUAAGAAGACCGACUGCACAAUUACAGUGGCUGACUCGGACUUACUGGCUUUGAUGACCAGUAAAAUGAAUCCUCAGUCGUCCUUCUUUCAAGGCAAAUUGAAAAUCACUGGCAACAUGGGUCUAGCUACGAAGUUACAAAAUCGUCAGUUUCAGCCAGGCGAAGCUAAGCUGUGA